AUGCAAAGCGUCGCGCUGAUAAUGACGGUGUUCUUAAGCACUUUGACUCCGAAAUUCUACUUUGCCCUUACAGUGACUUCGUCUUUUAUAUCUGGAUUGAUAUUUGUGUUUGAGUGGUGGCAUUUCCGAAAAUACGGCACGUCUUUCAUUGAGCAGGUUUCUGUGAGUCAUUUAAGGCCUCUCAUCGGCGGGGCAGAAAACAGCCCUCCAGCAGCAGCGUCCUUCUCUGCUGGAGAGAGUGAGGCGAGCAGGCAGAACAUGCCAGAAUGCAAAGUGUGGCGAAAUCCUCUCAAUCUUUUCAGAGGGGCAGAGUAUAGCAGAUACAUGUGGGUGACCGGGAAGGAGCCUCUUACGUACUAUGACAUGAAUUUGUCUGCUCAGGAUCAUCAAAACUUUUUCACGUGUGAUACAGAUGCCCUUCGGCCUUCAGACACAGUUAUGCAGAAAGCAUGGCGGGAGAGAAACCCUCAAGCCCGGAUUAAAGCAGCAUAUCAAGCUUUAGAGUUGAACAAUGAUUGUGCCACUGCGUACGUCCUUCUGGCUGAGGAAGAAGCAACAACUAUUGUGGAUGCUGAGAAGUAUUUCAAGCAGGCUCUGAAAGCAGGAGAAAUGAUUUACAGGAAGUCGCAGAACUGCCAUUCCCAAAGCCCCCAGCACGAAGCGCAGCUCAGAAGAGACACCAAUGUGUUGGUAUAUGUGAAAAGGAGGCUGGCUAUGUGUGCCAGGAAACUUGGAAGAAUACGAGAAGCAGUAAAAAUGAUGAGAGAUUUGAUGAAAGAGUUUCCACUUCUCAGCAUGCUGAAUAUUCAUGAAAACCUCCUGGAGGCACUGCUGGAGUUACAGGCUUACGCAGAUGUCCAGGCAGUUCUAGCAAAGUAUGACGAUAUCAGUCUUCCAAAAUCAGCAGCAAUAUGUUACACAGCAGCCCUGUUAAAAGCCAGAGCUGUUUCAGAAAGGUUCUCCCCAGAAACUGCCUCCAAAAGAGGGCUUAGUACAGCAGAAAUUAAUGCUGUGGAAGCGAUUCACAGAGCUGUGGAAUUUAACCCUCAUGUUCCAAAGUAUUUACUAGAAAUGAAGAGCUUAGUGCUACCUCCAGAGCACAUUCUGAAACGAGGGGACAGUGAGGCGGUAGCAUACGCUUUUUUCCACCUCCAGCACUGGAAGAGGAUAGAAGGGGCUCUAAAUCUGCUGCACUGCACAUGGGAGGGCACAUUUAGGAUGAUCCCGUACCCAUUAGAGAAAGGUCAUCUUUUCUAUCCCUAUCCGAGUUGUACAGAAACAGCAGACAGAGAACUGCUGCCAACAUUUCACGAAGUCUCCGUUUACCCGCAGAAGGAACUUCCCUUUUUCAUCCAUUUCACAGCAGGCCUCUGCUCCUUUUCAGCAAUGCUCGCCCUCCUUACGCACCAGUUCCCUGAGCUGAUGGUCGUUUUUGCUAAAGCUUGCUCUGGGACUCUUCCUUCACCCUUCAGCUUUAUGACGGAAAACACUGAGGUGCCCUGUCCGGUGCCGGGCCUCGGCCGGCCCCGCUCCGACCGGGGCGUGCUGGCGGGAUGGUUCCGUUCCCUUGUUCUCCCGAGCCUUACCUCUCUGGUUCGCUGACCCCCGGGCGUGGGGGGCAAGGAAGAGGGCUGAGCUAUCCAAACUGGUAUCUUUGACAGGCUUCCACGUUGGUAACGGUGCUUAACUAUGAAUUUCUACUUUGGCCUUGGUCAGUAGUCAUCUAGGAAAAUAGUUUUUGUUGAGCAAUACCUUACUGCUCCCUUAAUCACUUGUACAACUGGAAGCUAAUACUUCCUCUGUAAGAAAGGAGAGGACUGGGCAGAUGUUUGGAGUAUUGACACUUCCUUCUCAGCUGCAGAUGCGCCGGAUAAUUGGCUUAGAUUUAAUUUUAUAAGUCUUUUUCAAAAUAUUUGUUAACCGCAAAGUAUGGUUCUGCUUUCUUUAUUAAAAAGUUGCUUCUUAACACAUCGAAUUUGUUGACU